AUGUCAUGUUCAGCAGCAGAAAUUGCCGAAAAGAAGCGUAUAGCGCUCGAAAAGUUGAAAGCCAAAAAGGCUGGGCUGACAAGUACAACCAACAACAACAACACUAAUAGCAACAAACCAGCGCCACCGCAAACAAUACUACUUCCAUCUGCACCAUGUAAACCUGUCACGGCUGCGGCUCCUGUUAGUUCCGGGGCUCCCGUUACUGCUGCUCCAAGAAUUGAAAACAAGGCAUCCUCUUUCUUGAACGCAAUGAAGGGAAGCAACAUAUUCAAGCAACGCCAAGAACAACAACAUUCAGCUCGUGAUGCAGCCCAUCCUUACAAAAGACCUUCUAAUGAAGGAAUGGGGAAUUUUUAUAAAAGGAAGUCACUUGAUGCGAGCAAUGAGAAACCGAAUGUUCAGAAUGGAGGACCAGCCAACACAGUGGCCCAACCACAGAAAAGUGUAGCACCAGUAUUUCUAAAUUCUGUCAGUUGUAAAGUUGCAAUGAUCAGCGCCCAGCGAUUCGAAGUUCAGCCAUCUAGCUUUCAUAAUAAACUUAUUGAGGUCUUUAAAAGUAUACCUUCGAAAUCGUAUGAUCCUAAAACUCGUUAUUGGAAUUUUGGCCUGUCCGAUUAUAAAUUGUUGCAAGAACGUGUUAAUAAUUUAAAGCCAGAUAUCGUUAUGGGUGUUAUACCCAAAUCAAUUUUGAAUUUGUGUUUAACGCCACCAAAAGAAGCCGACACAUCAUGUUUGGAGUCCUUGGAACCAAAGUUGGCGGAAAAACUUAUGCCAUUUCAAAGGGAAGGUGUGUGUUUCGCUAUUUCCCAGAAUGGCCGUUGUAUGAUAUGUGAUGAAAUGGGUUUGGGUAAAACCUAUCAAGCUAUUGCUGUUGCCGAUUUCUAUAGAGAAGAUUGGCCACUUUUUAUAUGUACUACGGCAUCAACUCGAGACUCGUGGGCUAAUCAUAUUCGUGAUCUUUUACCAUAUGUACCUGUACAUUACAUACAAGUCCUCAAUUCAAAUCAACAAUAUAUUGGCGAUUGUAAAGUUCUCAUUACCAGUUACAGCAUGAUGGAAAGAAAUAUUCAACAAAUCACCGACCGUAAAUUUGGGUUUUUAAUUUUUGAUGAAUCGCACAGUUUGAAAAAUCCAAAGGCAAAAUGUACAAUGGUGGCUGAUCGUUUGUCACAGCAAGCUAAACAUGUAAUUUUGCUAUCAGGAACACCUGCCCUAUCGAAACCAGUAGAACUUUUUAGUCAGUUGCAAAUGAUAGAUCGAAAAUUCAUGAGCUAUAUUGAUUUCACAACCCGCUAUUGUGAUGGUAAGCAAACGAAUUUUGGUUGGGAUGCAAAUGGCCAGUCUAAUCUAAAGGAACUAAAUGUUGUACUGAAACUUAAGUUUAUGAUUAGAAGAACCAAAGCUGAAGUUCUGAAUGAUUUGGCAGAAAAAUUCAGAGAAACUGUUGUAUUAGAUCCCGCUCUUGUUUGGCCAAGUGAUGAAGUCAAAGAGUCAUUAAAUACAGUUGCCAAAACCUUACAAAGCUGUAAAGGUCAGGAACGAGAACAAAUUCUAUUGCGAUUUUAUGCACAAACUGCUGAAGUAAAGACAAAAGCUGUAUGUGCCUACCUUAAACAACAAGUAAAGGAACCAAAGAAAUUUAUAGUUUUUGCUCAUCAUCGUGUUAUGCUGGAUGCUAUUUGUGAUUGUCUGCGAAAGCUCAAAGUGAAUUUUAUUCGCAUAGAUGGUGCGACAAGAAAACAGGAUAGAGGUGAAUUUAUUGAUACAUUCCAAAAGAAGCCAUCGUGUAAAGUGGCAGUGUUGUCGCUGGGUGCAUGUAAUUCCGGUAUAACAUUGACUGCAGCUGAGCUAAUCUUGUUUGCAGAAUUAACAUGGAAUCCAAGUACAUUAGCUCAGGCCGAAAGCAGAGCCCAUCGUAUUGGUCAACUGAAUCCAGUAACAUGUCGUUAUUUAAUGGCAGCAAAAACCGCAGAUGAUCAUAUCUGGAAUAUGCUCAAAGCGAAACAAGAUGUUCUCAAUAAAGCUGGUAUUUUUUGUGAAAAUCUUCAAGAUGCUACACACACCAUAGCACCAACUACGUCAAAUAAAAUUGAAAAAUAUUUUUCUCCUUCUAAACCUACAAACGCAACCUCUUCAACUUCGCUAAACGAUGAGUUGUGCAAAAAGACUGCUACCUCAAAGUCAACAGUAGAUAAUUUAGAUAUAAGUAAAGAAAUUGCAAAUAUUGAAGAUUUCUUUCAGGACGAAGAUGAUGAUGCUUUUAAGGAUAUUUUAUGUUGAUUGUUAAUAUA